GGAAAAAGGGGAAGGUUGCUGAAAUCUAUAAACCCAAGGUGCCUGCUUAGCAUAAAAACAGAUAUGCUUGCCUGCCAGGACAGAUCUGCAUUCAGGAUUACCAAACAUUGUCUGGGCAAGUUCUCGCAGCUCUCAGAUUAGGCUACAGGCACUGACUUUGCCGCCAGCGAUAGCUGGAAUGUGCACACUGCUCUUAGCAUAACUUAACUAACAAAAGAGCAUGUCUGCAGCCAUCUUUCACCACCCUCCUUUCCUCCAAAUGAUACGCCUUGAAGACAAACUGAUCAAAGGAGGACAUUUUAUUCCAGCACGGCUUCCCUUUCUGCACGGCUGAGCAGCGUGCACCUGGAGGGAAUGCAGGCACGAACGCCGCAGCCUGCAGCGCGAUGGGCGAAGCCUCCCACGCCAGCACCCAGGCAUUUGUUUUGGCUGCCGUUACAGCCGAAACCUUUUUGCAGCGGUUCUGUUGACCGCAUCCAACCCCUCUCUCUGGGCAGCAGCCAGGGCGGUAACAGCUUAAAAAAAUGAUCCCUACAGCGGGCUGAGGAGGAACCUGUUGAACGUGGGCAGUGUAAAUGAGGGGCACUGGGGAGGGGUCAGAGUCCUCCGGAGGCGGUGAGCAGGGCUUGCGCAGGCCGACCCACACGCGCUUGCUCCCAGCAAGCACCAGGGCCUCGUUUCACACCACCUUCGCCCUUCUUGGUGUGCGCAGCUAAGCCUGGAUCCACCGCUCCCUCGCUGCAGAGAAAAUUCCCCGCAGGACACGACGAAGGGCGCAGAGCUUUGCAAGGGCCAAGCAGACAACCGAGCUGACCAGCUGCCGGACACCCGCCAGCCAGGCCCUGCCCACACAAGCCCCAGGAGGCCGCUUGGGGGAGAAAAAACCAGGCUUAAGUGCACGCGCUUGCUUCCACACGUCCCCCCCCCCGCGACGCGCGGAGCCGAGAGCCGCGGCAGCUGCGCAGCGCCGAGCACCGGCGCUCCACGCGCGGCGCACGCGGCGGCCCCGCGCAUGCGCGAAGGCUCCAGCGCGCGGGAAAGGCGGCGGCGGCCGUUGGUGACCCCUGCCGGCGGGAAAGGCGGCGGCGGCCGUUGGUGACCCCUGCCGGCGGGAAAGGCGGCGGCCGUUGGUGACGCCUGUCGGCGGCGGCCGUUGGCGACCUCCGCGCGCGGGAAAGGCGGCGGCGGCCGUUGGGGGAGGGGGAGGCAUGUGGCCGGCGGGCGCGCGGCGGCGGGCGGGCCUGGCGCUGGCGGCGCUGGCGGCGGUGCUGGCCCUCGAGGCGCUGGCGGCGUGGCGGCGGCGGCGGCGGCCCGUGCGCGAGGUGCUCUUCUUCCCCUCGCGCGUCACCUGCACCGAGGCGCUGCUGGGCGAGGCGGCAGCCCCCGGCGCCUGCCGCUGCCCGCUGCCGCGCGGCGACUGCCCCCUCAGCCGCCUCCUGCGCCGCCUCCUCUCCGCCCGCCGCUCCCUCGAGCUCUGUGUCUUCGCCUUCUCCAGCCCGCAGCUGGGCCGCGCCGUCCAGCUGCUCCACCGCCGCGGCGUCCGCGUCCGCGUCGUCACCGACGCGCAGUACAUGGCCCUCAACGGCUCCCAGAUCGGCCUGCUGCGGCGCGCUGGGAUCCCGGUACGUCAUGACCAGGAGAACGGUUUCAUGCAUCACAAGUUUGCUAUCGUGGACAAGAAGAUGCUCAUCACGGGCUCCCUCAACUGGACCACGCAAGCUAUCCAGAACAACCGGGAGAACGUACUGAUCGUGGACGAUGCGGAGUAUGUGAAGCCUUUUCUGGCCGAGUUUGAAAGGAUUUGGGAAGAAUACAAUCCCAUCAACUAUACAUUUUUUUCCAAAGAAAAUAAGUGAUUAAGCUGCUUCCCAGAGCUGGAGGAAUACUUAACAAAUGGCGUUCAUGUAUUUUAUUAUUAUAUAUAGACAUCAGUGUAUGAUCUAUUUGGUUGUAAUUUAGCUCUGCAGAAGCAAAGCGCUUUCUACCCUAAGGUGUCACAGAUCCAUUGCAUGCUAAAUGAAGGAGAAUCACCCAACUGUUUGCCUAGCUAUUAUGUGAGGAUAGCUAGGGUAGCACUGUAUUGGUAGAGUUCAGAAAUUGAACAGUCUCAGUGCUGUGCCCAGGAGAAAAGGUAAUGUUUGCAUGGUGCUUGGUAUUUCAACAGUGAAACAGGUAUUUAUCAGCUUGUGAUACUGCCGAAUGGAAUUUUACACCAAUGGUUCUUCUGCAUGACUAACUCUAGAAGAAGCGUUAAGAGGACUGUGAACAAAGGUAGAGCUCCUACAGAGAGAUUAAAAACAACUUUGUUACUUUUUUGUUAGCAUUAAUUGUUGAAAGUUUGUAAAUGGGAUUUUGUGGAAAAUAUGAAGUUAGAAAUUAAAAAUAUAUAUUGAAUGUUAAUUACUAUAGAAGAUUUGCUUUUUCUUUCAUUUAAGAUUAGUAAAGUCCCAGUGUAAAAGUGACAGAAUGCAUACUAACACCAGCUUAUCCGCUAGUCAGCAAGUGUAGGGAAAUUGCUGGAAAGCAGUGAUGAGAUGCACUUUUUUAGGAGCAGUCACUCUUGUCUUAAAAGCCAGUAUGGCUGUAGUUAAGUCACUGAUGUUCAGAAAGGCACUGUGGAAGGAAAGCCCCAUCUAUACAGGUGGCAGGAUACAGUUUCCUGAUCUGAUUCAGUGAUCUCGGGAUUGCUUGAAGGUAGCAGAAGGAUGGGGGACCAGAUGACAAACGAAUAGCAUGAAGGAGGCAAGAGCAUCCCUCUGGAUAGCAGUGACAGUUCAGAAUGCUUGGACAGCUAUGUCCCUGUCCAAAAGUCAUCUUCUACAACAGUUAGACGAUGCGUUUUUCUGAGGAAGUAUAUUUUCUUUUGGGGUUGUAUAUUUUCUUUUGGGUUGACCAUCUUCGCACUUACUGUUUUGUCUUUAAAGAGAAUAAAGUUAAUAAGAUUAUUUUUAUUCAGACUAAUUAGUUGUUGUACAUUUAUGUAAACUUCAGUUUACAUUGCAUUUUAGAGCUUUGUUGUUACUGUACUAGUAAUUAACCAAGGGCCCCUUUUUGGGAACAUGUUACUUUAUCUUUGCCAGCAGAGGGAGCAUAACAUUAAACAUGUUUUUAAUUAUGUAUGAGAGAAAGCUGAUGCAGGAAUGUUGUAUUGGCUGUGAUGUUUUAAGGUCAUGAGAGAAGGAAUUUGUAGAGAGAGGUAGUAUCUUUUGUUAGACUGUUGAUACAGUUGGAAAGAAAUGGACAAACUUGGCCAUCCAAAUUUGGAGCAUUCCUUUUUUUUUUUACAUCUGUACUAGUUGGUCUAGUAAAAGAUAUAACAACUUCCUACAAAUCUUGCCAUUCUAAAUACAUUACAGGAAUAGUUUUUUGGGAGUUGCAGAAUCUCUGUCUUUACAGUUUAAGGUAGAACAAAGGUGGGUGUAAACUUAAUGAGAGUUUCAAAACUCCUAAAUAUUCAAGUGUCUGUGUAAGAAUUACUUUAUACUGAAUAUGAAGUUACUUGAAGUGCUCAAAAAUCUCUCUAAAAAGUCUUAAUGUUGUGUUACCACAGUUACCUGAUACUGUAGUGCUGUGAUUAGCCCUAUUAAAUAUGCCAUUCUCACAGAAAAGCUCAA